UCUGCUGACCUAAUGAUCGACGCCAAUUUUGUGUUCAGUUUUACUGGUGUGUUUUUUUCUAAAAUAAAACUAUUAUUACAGUACGUUGAUAGUUGCGAAUAGCUCAAAUGUGGGUCAUUUUAGGUCGGCCAUAAACCCACGAAACGCUUCAGCGCAGCGUUGACGAUUACGUACACGUACACCACAGCGCGAGCUCGUGCUGCCAUGACACCUGCUGAAGCAGCGCCGAAGAAGAAACACGUUCGGUUUGCCAGGAUGGAAGAGGACAUUGACCACGACGAGCAGGAGGAGGACACGCUUUUCGACAAGCGUAAAGACAUUAAGGAGGGGCUGAGAAGUGCGCUGAAGGGGGGUAAAGGGGUCAUGAACCCGGACUCCGACCAGGUUGAUGUAAUUCGACCCGGACGGAGCCAGAGCAAUACUGGGACAUGCUGGCGAUGGCUGGUCAGCCUUUCGCUUUGCGCAUCGUUUCUCGGACUGGGAAUGGCCAUCGCUGUAUUGGGCCCUACCUUUGAAGACCUGGCUACCAAUGUCAACAAGAACAUGAGUUCCUUAUCCUAUAUAUUUGUGAGUCGUGCAUCAGGAUACAUUGGAGGCUCCCUGAUAGGAGGGAUCCUUUUUGACUGUGUGAAUCCCUAUCUGCUUUCUGGCUUCUCAAUGUUAAUCACGGCGUUUGGGAUGUCUGGCACUCCCUUCUGUAAAAAAGAUUGGCUGCUCACUGUUUUUAUGUCCGGUGUGGGGGUUUCAAUGGGAAUUUUAGAUACAGGUGGUAAUGUUCUCAUACUGAACACAUGGGGAGAGCAGGCUGGGCCUCAUCUGCAGGCUCUGCACUUUAGCUUCGCUGCUGGAGCCUUUGCCUCCCCGAUCAUAGCCAAGCUGCUGUUUGGCCACCAUUCCCACAAUGACUCGCUUAACACCCCUCUGGCGUCUGGCCACGCAUCUAAGACCAUCGUGCAAUCCUCCCUGCCAAUCGGCAUUUCUUUAUCAUCCAUGUGGGCCUACGUCGUGAUUGGUGCUUUUGUUUUACUUGUGUCAUUCUUAUUUUUUAUCCUGUACUGCUGCAGUUCCCCCAACUCAAAUAGGGCAAAGACACCCUCAGGGAAGCAGCUGUUUUCCAAACGUCACAACAUACUAAUAUUCCUGCUGUCCGUGUUCUUCUUCUUCUAUGUUGGAAGCGAGGUGGCGUACGGUUCCUUUAUAUUUACCUAUAGCAAGGACUAUGUUCAUAUGGAAUCGGCUCAUGCAGCGGGACUGAACUCACUGUUCUGGGGAACGUUUGCAGCUGGUCGUGGUCUGGCCAUAUUCUUUGCAACUUGCCUGCGCCCAGUCACCCUGAUCCUGAUGAGUCUAGUGGGCACCACAGUUUCCUCGCUCCUGCUGUGUCUUUUUAACAAAAAUGUUCCAAUGCUCUGGACCUGCACUGGCCUCUAUGGUAUCUCCAUGUCUACCACCUUUCCCAGCGGGAUUGCAUGGGUUGAGCAGUACACGACUGUGACGGGCCGCUCAGCUUCAGUGUUUGUGGUGGGCGCAGCUCUUGGAGAAAUGGUUUUGCCAGCUCUGUUGGGCUUCUUACUGGGGAAGGUGCAGAAUCAGCCGUUGCUGAUGUACCUGGCACUUUGCACAUCCACCUUCACUUCUAUCCUGUUCCCGGUCUUGUAUAAACUAGCAUCCCCAGGAGGGGACGCCACCUUACGGAAAACAUCAGGGAGACGCACCAAGGAUGCGGAUGACAGUGAGUACCGCCAAGCGCUGCUGGAAAACGUGGAGGAAGAGGAGCAAGAAAAUGAAAGUGAAGCUGACCAGUGGAAUGAUGCAGACUUUGAGGUGAUAGAGAUGGACGACGCCAGCCUGUUGAGCUCUCCUUCCAAAGCCUCGGUGCCACCUGAUGUUGCAGCCAGUGCGCUUGCUGCCCACUCAGUGGCCUCUCCAUUGUCAGCACCCUCAAAAGACACCACAACCCUGGCCCAACCUCUGUCUAACACUCCAUCUUUUUCCACAGACUCUCCCAGACGCAAACUCUUAUUGUCCCUCAACAGGGAGAAGAAAGACUGAUAUAUUGCACUGCGUCAAAGAACUCUGAGAAGAACCGAGAAGCUAAAUCCUGCACUCCACGUCAACCUGAAGCAUUUUUUUCUUUGGUGAAAAGAUCACACUAGCCAGUUGAUUUGCACUUUCUAAAUGCCAGUUGCAUGUUUGACGUUACUUAUGGCAACACCAAAUCUUUUCCGACUCACCACUGUACAGGAUUAUCUGAUAGCAGUUUAAUUGGCGUUUUAGACAUUAACUGAGAAUUGUCCUGUCAAUGACGAUCAGCCUUAUUAUUGGACACCAAUGUAUAUUAAGAUAUUGGGACUUCUAUAUCUCUCCUCAUUUGUUGUUGAUUGAUUUACCUCGAAUCGAAGGUUUUGUAAAUUGUAACCAGCACAAUACACUGGUCUUAAGAACUGUGAAAAGAUUAAGACUUGUUUUUGUAUUGUAUGGUUAGAUUGGAUGUAUAAAGUUUCAUUAAUAGUAAUAUUUUGAUGCUGAAGUCUUUCUUGAAAGUCCUCCUUUUAUGUUAACAAACAAUUUCUAUUCAAUCAUAUGGAUUGCUUGGUAAUUACUAAUUAUUUAGCACAUUAUGGCUUAAAUUGUGUGAAUUUAAUUUAGUUUUGCUUUCAGUGUAGACAGACAAGUCACUUCUGGGUUGGACAUGUUGAUGCAAUUUCACAAUUUUUCAUCAAAACAAAUCUAACAUUUUUAUUUCAUAGAAAUGAAUCGAUCUGUAUUACAUUUUUAUUGCUCUGUUAAUAACCAAUAUGUGGUAGAAAUCCUACACCGCAUAAAUAUUUGUGAAUUACAGUAGUGAUGUAAAAACCAAAGGACCCAUUUAAAUAGAAACAAGCAUUUGUUAAAUACAUCAACUUUUAUUAUAUCAAUAUUAAAUCUCCACCCACAAAUGUUCUUUAAAAACAAAGCACCUUAAGUUUUUACAAGUUUACAAAAACAGGAUACAGAGCUCUGAAAGCUCUUGAGUUUUUACAUAGGUAGGUAACAAUGUCUGGUUCAGAAUAGAGAAAGCAUUAGAAAAGUUUUUUAAAAGGACAAAAAAAAAAGAAUACAAUUGUGCACACAGACAAUAUAAAUUAUUAACCAUAUUGCCGAAGUCCAAGUUAAGGCUGAUACUGACUUGCUUUUCCUCAGACUUGCCUCUGUAGAGAAUGGACAGGCAUAAGCAGGGCAUAAAAAACCCUCCAAUAUUUUAGUUUCUUUCUUUUUUUUCAUCAGUGCUUACAGACAGAAUUUUGGAUCAUCAUAUGCCAGACUUAUUUACAAGACACUUUACAGGGGGG